AUGACAUUCACUUGUCCUUAUGGCACUUUUGCCUAUAGGAGGAUGCCGUUUGGCUUGUGUAAUGUGCCUGCGACCUUUCAACGGUGUAUGACGACCAUUUUCCAUGACAUGAUAGAGGAGUCGAUGGAGGUCUUCAUGGAUGACUUCUCUAUAUUUAGUAACUCUUUUUCCCAUUGUUUGCAUAAUUUGGAAAGGAUGUUAGCUAGGUGUGUUGAAGCUAACCUUGUGUUGAAUUGGGAAAAAUGCCAUUUUAUGGUCCAAGAGGGUAUAGUGUUAGGACUUAAAGUGUCAAAUGCAGGGAUGGAAGUAGAUAGAGCUAAAGUGGAAUUUAUAAGUAAGCUACCUCCCCCUACUUCAGUUAGGGCUGCUAGAAGUUUCUUAAGGCAUGCAGGGUUUUAUAGAAGAUUCAUUAAGGACUUUUCUAAGAUUGCUAGGCCUUUAACUCAAUUGCUAGUAAAAGAUUUGCCUUUUGUAUUUGAUGAUGAUUGUUUAGCAGCUUUUGAGUUAUUAAAGGAAAAACUGACCACGGCUCCCAUCAUGGUUUCUCCUGAUUGGGAGUUGCCCUUUGAGCUUAUGUGCGAUGCUAAUGAUUUUGCAGUUGGAGCUGUUUUAGGCCAAUGUAGAGAGAAGAAGUUCCAACCUGUAACUAAUGCUAUUCCUUGGUUUUCUGAUUAUGCUAAUUAUUUGGCUGCAAGGGUACUCCCAAAAGGUAUGACAAGCCAGCAAAAGAAGAAAUUCUUUGCUGACUUGAAGUACUACAUUUGGGACGACCCCUUCUUGUUUAGGAUUUAUGCAGAUCAAAUUAUCACGAGGUGUGUAUAUGGGGAGGAGGUCAUUCAAAUUCUCAAGCAUUGUCAUGAGGGACCGGUUGGUGGACACCAAGCCGCAAACCAUACGGCUAGGAAGGUUUUAGAUGCUGGUUUUUAUUGGUCGACUAUCUUACAGGAUGCACGAGCAUAUGUCCAGUAUAUAUUGGUUGCUGUUGAAUAUUUUUCUAAAUGGCAUGAGGUACAAGCCUUGCCUACUAAUGAUGCUAGGGUAGUUGUGAGAUAUGGAGUAUCUCAACGAUUCUCCACGGCUUAUCACCCACAAACGAGUAGGCAAGUAGAGGUUACUAAUAGGGGGCUUAAGCACAUUUUAGAGAAGACUAUAGGAGCUAGUAGGAAAGACAAGGCUACAAAGCUAGACUAUAGGACUUCUACAGGGUUCACUCCCUUUAGGCUUGUGUAUGGGAAAGGUUGCCAUUUACCUGUUGAGCUAGAAUAUAAAGCGUUAUGGGCACUUAAAUCUUGUAACUUUGAUUUAGAUAGUGCAGGUAGACAGAGGCAGUGUCAACUAAAUGAACUAGAGGAGUGGCAUCAACAAGCUUAUGAAAAUUCGACAAUCUAUAAGGCAAAGACCAAACAGUGGCAUGACAAGCGAUUGAAAGGUUUGAAGGAGUUUAAUAUAGGAGAUAGUGUGUUGUUAUUUAACUCUCGUCUCCGUUUAUUUCCAGGAAAGCUGAAGAGUCGCUGGUCGGGGCCAUUUACAGUGAUGCAAGUCUUCCCUUAUGAGCCAGUUGCGGGCUUUCAGCAGCUGGAUACUAUUAGUUUUAGACUAGCAGAGCAGACUUUCACGAUAAGUGUACAACAGUUUGGGGUACACUUGGGUUUAUGGACUGAGGAGGAUGUAGCUGGGGAGGUAUAUAGUCAUUGUAUACCCACGCCUGGUGUGUCAUAUCCGCAGAUGUGGGCUGAGAUUUCUGAUGAAGCUGAAGGCAUCCACCAGCGCCAGUCAGCCGACAUAGGAUACUUGUUGGCCAGACAGAUUAGUGCCUUCUGCAACAACUCAAAGAAGAGCCAUUUUGACAUCCCUCUAGCGGAUGAUCCAGUUGACCCUUCUUUUCCGACUGAGCAUCCUUCACCAGAGCAGCUUGAUGAGCCUCCUAUCGAUGCUGUUCCUGCUGACCCACCAGCUCCUGCAGGUGACACUACUUCCGACCCUCAGCGAGCAGCCAUUCCUCCACCACAGACUAGCUAG